AUGGAUGCAGAUGACUCAUACUGGAAUGAGUGGGAUUGGGAACCGAAUGACUGGUCUCCAUCCACUCAGGUUUACUGGCAGGAUGAUCCGUCAUGGUGGUCGUAUUGGCCCGAGGAGGAGACAGAGGACGUGCAGCCUGAUGAACAGUCAGCAGAUCCAGAAGAAGUUCAGCUGGUCGAGGCAUUCAACAUUGCUUCUGAAGCCAUUCGAGCGCUCAAAGAUGCGAGGGAAGCCGUUCGACGCAUCCGGCAGUCCCGGGUCACUAUGCUCCUGAGUCGAACAGUGGCAAGGGCAUGGUUCCAGUGGUGGCACCGAGCAUCUCCAUGCCUCAUCGAUGCAGGCGUCAUUGGAUGGGACAGGCGUGCGCCGGUGGAGGUGUGCCGUGGCCUUGUCAAGGUUCAUGGCUUUGGAGCCAGCUCCUAUCACUGGCGCUACCAGGUGAACGGAAAAAUCCCCAGCACUUUCAGAGAUGACCCAGCACCGUUUUUAGAGGGAGUGGCCACUUUGGCGGAGCAGGGCUAUCGCGUCUAUUCCAUGUGCCUGCUGGGAUAUGGAUGGAGUGACCGGGCCGUGCUCCAAUACUCCGGUGAGGUCUGGGCCGCACAGAUCAACGACUUCUUGAAGCAAGUGGCUGGUGAUCGACCAACGGUCUUGGUGGGCAACAGCAUCGGCGCCUUCGCCACGUUGCUGGCGGCGUCCACGGCUCCGUCGACGGCCUGCGCGGGGCUGGUGCUGCUGAACGCGGCCGGACGCUUCGAGGAGAGGCAACCGGGUGAGGCACCGGCCAGGAAGCAGGCGGGUGACCUGGUAGCUGAAGCGGAAGAACAGGCGGAGCCUGGGCCGAUCCAAUGGGCCUUGCAGCAGGUGCGCCGUGCGCUGGCCUCCUGGGCCUUUUACACCACGAAGCUUCGGAUCGAACCCAUCCUGCAGUGGGUCUACGUCAACGAACAGCAGGUCGAUGCGGACUUGGUGACCUCCAUCCGAAUGCCGGCAGAACAUCCACAGGCACUCGAUGCCUUUGCCGAGGUGAUUCAAGCCGGCCGCAGGACGCAGGUGAGUGUUUUUGAAGCACUGGAUGCUCUACCCAGUUCGCUGCCAGUACUGCUGAUUUGGGGCAUGCAAGAUCCAUGGCCGGCCCGUGAUGUGUUUGGGGUUUUCGGGCGGGCGAUCAUCGAAUCCCCGUUGGACUUGAAAUCAUCUGCCAGUUGUGCUGGGCAUCGUCCCAUUUCACCUUGA